UUAAAUAAUGAAGUAAGCAAAAUCAGAUGACCACGGUCGGGCGUUGGUUGGUGGUUAUGUUAGGAACCUCGUUCGUAGUUGCGUUCCUCGGCGUAGCCAAUCCAGUCCAGGCGCUCCGACACUGGGUCCAGCGAGCCACUCACGUUACGCAGAAGAUCGACCUCAGCACGCAAGUUUGCUACAGCGAAAUCAUCCCUGGCCUUUACCUGAGUAAUAUCAAAGCUGCCACUGAUCGAAAUGUCCUCCGACAUCUUAAUAUCACCCAUGUACUCACCAUCGAAGCGCAUCGCAUCCCUAAGUCAACCUUCGCCGACGACAAUAUUACUAACCUUUUCAUCAAGGCAUAUGAUACGAGCCAGACGAACCUCAUGCCCUAUUUCCCCAUGUCCAACGCCUUCAUCGAGGAGGGUCUCGCUAGCGGAGGGAACGUCCUCGUCCAUUGCCGUUUUGGCGUAUCACGAUCGGCCACCUUGGUUAUUGCCUACCUGAUGCAAAAGUACAACAUGAAUUUCGACCAGGCCUUCGAAUAUGUGAAGUCAAAGAGGUUUUUUAUUAAUCCUAAUCCUGGAUUUGUGAGCCAACUCCAAGAAUACCACCGGCUUCAUUACGGCGUGAAUCAGUAUCAGAGAUUCGAGGCAUACUGUGCCGUGAAGGCGCGCAAGCACAAAUACAAGAUAGUCUCAGCAGCUGUGAUCCUUAUGACCAUCCUCGUGCCUAUAAUUGUUUUGAUCUAUCUGUGGUAAUGCAGCUUAUAAAUUGUGAGGCUUACCAUGCACUAAUCAUCUUUGUUCUCGGCGGAAUUGUACUGUUUUACUCCUAAAAAAGAGACCCACCAGCGACAAAAGUGGUUCGUGUGUGAGCUAAAUAUACCCAUGUAACUAUUCUCGUGAAUAUAAAUAUGUCAAAUCGGUUGAA